CUCACCUUCAAGAGUGACAAUGUCCGGAAGACCUCAAGACGAUAGAAACCAGGAGGCUACUGUAUACUUGGUAUGCGCUCCGUUCGGCCUCAUGCCACGGACUCCCGUGCUCAUUCGUCAAUCACAGGGUAAUCUCGAUGAACGGUGCACUGAUGCGCUCAUUUGGGAGUUGAUGCUGCAAGCAGGACCUGUCGUAAACGUGCAUCUUCCAAAGGACCGUAUUUCAAUGGCCCAUCAGGGGUACGGUUUCUGUGAGUUCUUGACAGAGGAAGAUGCCGAGUAUGCAUGCAAAAUCAUGAACCAGAUAAAAUUAUGGGGCAAGCCCAUCAGGGUGAACAAGGCAUCAUCCGACAAAAAACAACUGGAUGUGGGAGCAAACCUCUUCAUUGGCAACCUGGAUGAGAACGUGGACGAGCGACUGCUAUACGAUACUUUCAGCGCAUUCGGUAUGAUGGCUACGACAGCAAAGAUUGCACGAGACCCUGGAACAGGGCUGUCAAAGGGUUACGGUUUCGUCUCAUAUACCGACUUCGAAUCUUCCGACGCCGCAACAGAGUCCAUGAACGGCCAGUUCCUUAUGAACAAAGCCAUCACUGUGCAGUACGCAUUCAAGAAAGAUGGCAAAGGCGAGCGUCACGGCACCUCAGCAGAACGUCUACUCGCUGCACAAGCACGGAAAAACAACGCGCUUCCCGUCACCUCCCGCCCUCCUCCAGCACAGAUGGCUUUUGGUGCUCGUCCUCCAAUGCCAGGGUUCCAGGGUCCCUAUCAAGGGCAGUUUGCAGGCGUGCUUGCUCAGCCGCCACCUCCACCCGGUUUCAAUCCGCCGCAGACGGUCGUUCCACAAGGGAUGCCAGUGAUGGGAGGAAUGCCACCUGUAGGGAUGGGAAUGCCGCCUCCACCACCCAACAUGUCCAUGUUUCCUCCUGGAGCAUUCCCGCCUCCGCCACCACCUGGUUUUGCCGUGCAAAAUGUGCCUGGAGCAAUGGUACCGCCCCCUCCUCCUGUACCUCAGUAUUAAAUGGGAAAAACUUUGAUUGUCUCCCUGUGCAUGUGAGGUUCUUGGGCUUAAUAUCAGUUGAGUUGAGUUUACUAGUGCUAUGGGACCGCAACUGUCUGCCGGAAUAGCAUUCAUUCCUCUAGUAAAGAUGCCCAAUUACUUGAGCGCAGGGGGCACAGACAAAACACGGUUUCAAGCAACGUUGACCAUCAAUGUAUUGCAUUAUCCGGGUGUACAUACGCAAGUAUUUCGCAUACUUAAUCAUGAACUGCAAUCAGUUUGGAUGAGCAUUGGUUUUCUGCGCAACAUAUGACUUGAUAGUACUGGCUGUACUGCCAUUUGGCUCUUGUUCCAGUUAGUCAUCCACCAACAAAGAAUUUUUCGUAC